CCAAGGUGGCAAUAAGUCAAACAGAAUACGUUUAUGUAUGAUCUCAUAUCUGAAUGUGAUGACGCUCAUAUUGACAGUGUACUAAGUGCUAAAACAUUCAAGUUCACAUCACGUACCCGUCGUAAAGCAGCUUUUUGCUACUAGUUUGAAAUUGGGAACCGGUCACCGGUGUGUGUUGCAUUAAUUUUUCUAAAAAAUAUGUACUCUCAUGUCGCAGUUCAUCGGUCGAUCAUUAUGGCCGACGACAAGCAGAAUGGUACCGAUGUGGUCGACAAAGCUGCGGUGGAAGUAGCUCAAAUGGCUUUGGAAACGAAAGACGAAGACGACACCAAACCGGCUCCGAUGGCUGACCCCAAGGAUACUCAAACUUCAACGGCAGCAACAGAAGAAGCUACUGGCAGCAAAGGGGCUACUAAAAAAGAAGAGAAUGGUACUCCAAAGACAGCACCUGCUUCGAAUGCUGCCUUCAAAGAGCAAUUCAAAGCAUUUUCAAAAUUUGGUGACACCAAAUCUGAUGGCAAACACUUAACCCUUUCGCAGAGUGAUAAGUGGAUGAAACAAGCCAAGGUCAUCGACAAGAAAAUCACAACCACAGACACUGGUAUUCAUUUCAAGAAACUUAAAUCAAUGAAACUGUCAUUCCUAGACUACAGUAAAUUUUUGGAAGAUCUUGCCAAAACCAAAAAAGUGGAGCUGGAUGAAAUUAAGAGUAAAAUGGCUAAUUGUGGAGCUCCAGGAAUUCACAACGCAACGCCCGGGAAAGCAGGCGAGACGGUAGCGCGGUUGACGGAUACAUCGAAAUACACGGGCUCACAUAAGCAACGCUUUGACGAGACCGGAAAGGGAAAAGGGAUUGCCGGGCGAAAGGAUCAGCCAGAAGGUUCGGGAUACGUGACCGGUUACUCUCAUAAAAAUACCUAUGACAAAACGCAUUAGAACAUGUACCUUGUGAACCGUACCUUCCAACAUUUCUUUAUAUUUAAUCAUUAACUAUUCACGGUGUCUAUGAACGAAAACCUUAUUAGAGAAUAAUGAGUAUCGUAAACACCCACCAAACGGUAGCUUAGGCUUGCCCUUUCAUAUGAGGCUAAUUAGUAUCGAAAUGCUAUUUUUUCGUAUUUUUUAUAUGUAAAUCACAUUUUAAAACUAGCCUCAAAUGAAAGAGGAGCUCCUAAGAUUUCGUUUGAUAGGUGUUUUAGCGAUACUGAUUUUUUUAUAUUAAUUUUGAUCUGCCAGAGACACCGUGCUAUUAAUGAUGGUGGUGCAGUUUGAUAAAUCAAAAUAAUAUAAAACAUUGAAGUGAUCGUUCGUCUUCGGAAAGUUUGUGGAUAGAUUUAAAUUAAAUUAUCAAUCCGUUAUGUUUUCUGUGUUCUCCAUUAUAGUAAACAAUUUAUUUCAGUUUUAAUUUGAUGUUAUUUUUUAUUUUUAUUUUUGAGAGGUUACUCUAGUCUUAAUAGUUUCGUCGCAGAGUUCGGUUAAGUGAUGGAUGCCCAAAUUAUAAAUAUAUAUUGAAAAUAAUACAUUAGAACUACAUGCUUGUUCAUUAACUGGGCUAAAAAUACUGAGGGAACUUGUUCGAUCUUAAACAAAUUUCACGUGCAUUGAUUUGAAACAGUGUAAAUUUGUUAUUAUUAUUUUCACCCGCGAGUUUAGAAAUGUUUAACGCGCUUUUUUUUUAAACGUUUUCAAGUUUUGAUUUCAGUGCGAAAUAAUAAUAAUUUCAAUUUUAUUUCUAUUAACACCUAAUAUUCCAUUCGAAUGUCCCUCACCAAUUAUGAAAACGAAAUGUUAAACUAAAUACGGCGUCCAUUUUUGACGUAUAAUGAACGCCCAGUUAGCGAACAUGUACUGUACAGUAAAUAUUACUCAUCAAGACAUGUUUUUUUUGUACCUAGUGCAGAUCAUUGAGAGUGAAUACAAUCUAAAAGAUAUUUAAGGAACCCAGAUAAAAUAAAACAUAUUUAUAUUUUCCCGCUGAA